CUCCUCUACAAAUGUUAUGAAACCAUAAACUUCUGUCUGGUCUGCAUAGGCUUUAUCGCCGUUUAGUUUCACACAUAUCAGCUGCAAAGGACACGGUGAGCGUUUUCAUGAUUUGACAACAUGGGGCUGAUCCUGUCAGGAUAUCUGUCAACCAAGGAGGACCCUACUACAUCUCUGUCCUGUGUCACUGUUGCACUGUGUCUUUUUACCCUGUUACUAAUGGCCAUCAGGGUAAAACAGAGCCACAGACUUUUCUUUCCCUACCACCGCGACUCCAACUUGGACCAUAGAAAGUUCCCCGCUCCUCCAGGCCCCAAACCCUGGCCCCUUGUGGGCAAUCUUCUCCAGAUGGGGGACCAGAUGCAUCUCUCACUAACUCGCCUGGGUCUGCAGUACGGUGAUAUUUUCCAGAUGCGUUUUGGCUCUUUAACAGUGGUCAUCCUUAGUGGGUACACCACCAUCAGGCAGGCACUGGUUCGUCAGGGGGAAGAUUUUGCUGGACGACCUGAACUGUUCACUUUUUCCGCCAUAGCCGAUGGGAACAGCAUGACCUUCAGUGAGAAGUAUGGACCUGCAUGGCUACUUCAUAAGAAGCUGUGCAAAAAUGCCCUCAGGUCCUUCUCCUAUGCUGAACCGAGGGGAUCGGGGGCCACCUGCCUACUGGAGGAGCAGGUUUGCGCUGAGGCUGCUGAGAUGGUGGGGGUGAUUCGGGAACAAGCUGCUAAGAACUGUGAGAUGACGGGUAUAGAUCCAGCAAUAUCCUUAGUAACCUCUGUGGCAAAUGUUGUAUGUGCCCUGUGUUUUGGAAGAAGGUAUGACCACAAUGACAAAGAGUUUCUCACCAUUGUGAACAUCAACAACGAGGUCCUAAAACUCUUCGCAGCGGGGACCUUGGCUGACUUCUUCCCAGUGUUUCGGUACUUUCCUAAUCCUUCUCUGAGAAAAAUGGUGCAGUACAUUCACAGAAUGAAUGGAUUUAUGGAGCAAAAAAUUGAGGAACACAUCAACACCUUUGAUAAGAAUUGCAUCCGGGACAUCACAGAUGCUCUGAUCGCACUUUGUGAAGACAGAGAAGAAAACAGGGACACAUCUCUGCUUACUAACUCUCAGGUCAUCCACACCGUCAUAGACAUCUUUGGUGCAGGUUUUGACACCAUCAUCGCUGGGUUACAGUGGAGCCUGUUGUACCUCAUCAAAUUUUCCAACAUCCAGGACAAAAUACAGCAGGAGAUAGAUGAACACAUUGGCUCAGCCAGACUUCCCCAGUUUUCAGAUAAGCCCAACAUGCCCUUCACUGAAGCGUUCAUAUAUGAGGUGUUUCGUCACUCUUCUUAUGUUCCUUUCACCAUCCCUCACUGCACCACAAGAGAUACCAUCCUAAAUGGAUAUUUCAUCCCAAAGGACACAUGUGUCUUCAUUAACCAGUAUCAAGUCAAUCAUGAUGUGCAUCUUUGGGGUAAUCCGGAGGAAUUUCAGCCACACCGCUUCCUGGGCGUGUCUGGACAAUUGAACAAGGAGCUGACAGAGAAGGUUCUGAUCUUUGGGUUGGGGAAGAGGCAUUGUCUUGGGGAUGGAUUCGCCCGUUUGGAGAUGUUUGUGUUUCUCACCACGUUACUCCAUGCUUUGCGGAUUGAAAAGGUUCCUGGACAGGAGCUUGAUCUCAGUGCAGACUUUAGUCUGACUAUGAAACCACAUCCAUACAGGAUUUCAGUCUCUGACAGAUUUUAGACUGUCUGAAAACCACAAGUCCACAAAGAUGGUAGAUCUUUUAUUACUGUUCACAGACUGGAGUUUCUGUGCUGGUAAAAUAGUGCAGCUGUAUUAAACACACUAUUUUUCUAGAUGUUCAAGUCAGGAAAACUGCAUUGGUGUACUUUGAAAACAGUGGCGAUUGCUCUAAGACUGCAAGGGAAGCUCAGCUUCCACUAAAAUGUCAAAAAAUAAGUGAUCAAAUAUAUACUGUUGUGUGUACAUGUCAUUGACUAAAUAUGCGCUACAACGCGCUCAA